CAGCAGGGAUGAAGAAAUAUUUGCUCUGGGCCGACAGUUCAAUCCAGAAUUCAAUGGCUGGAAGUGUCUAACACGCUGCUUCCGGGGCAUUGAUACGUGCGUUGUGCAUUUGCUUCUGUCAAUCAAGUCGGCCCUGCUUCUUCAAAAUCGGUGUGAUAUCGCGUAACCGACCUGCAUGACACCGGAUCCAGACCUGGAUACAUUAUUUCAGCUGAAGUUUACGGCAAAGCAGCUGGAGAAACUGGCAAAGAAAGCAGAGAAGGACUCCAGAACUGAACAGGCCAAAGUGAAAAAGGCUCUUCAGCAGAAGAAUGUGGAGUGUGCGAGGGUCUAUGCAGAGAAUUCCAUCAGAAAGAAGAAUGAAGGGGUGAACUGGCUGAGAAUGGCAUCUCGAGUCGAUGCGGUGGCGUCAAAAGUUCAGACAGCAGUAACAAUGAAGGGGGUUACAAAAAAUAUGGCCCAAGUUACAAAAGCACUGGACAAAGCUCUGGGCUCAAUGGAUCUCCAGAAGGUGUCGGCUGUUAUGGACAAGUUUGAAACUCAAGUCCAAAAUCUGGACGUUCACACCUCGGUCAUGGAGGAUUCAAUGAGUUCGGCCACCACCUUGACCACACCACAGGAGCAGGUGGACAGCCUGAUCAUUCAGAUCGCAGAGGAGAGCGGCCUGGAGGUCAUGGACCAGCUGAACGAGCUGCCAGCUGGACCCACUUCACUGGGAGAGAGCUCGGCCCGUGCCCAGGAUAAGGAGGACCAGCUCUCGAGAAGGUUGGCUGCUUUACGACAUUAAAAAGUGCUAUUGUUUAGAAGAGAAAACUGUCAUUAUUGGUUUAAAGGGCAGUCUGUGCAGGAGACAGCAGAGUAUGAGAUCCAUGUAUUAUAAUCAACUGUAUGUAUAAGCACUCUGGCGUCCUAUUAUUGAUCUUCCCUAUAGUACCUGUUUCAUUUUAUUUAUAGCUGAUCUCACUAAGGUUGAAAGGAUGCUGCUGAACAUCAGGCAGUCUGGAAACAGCUUGACAAUCCAGCAUAAGGUUUAUUAUGUUGUUCUCUUGGUUGGGUGUUAUUGGACACUGUGCAACCUUGUUGUUUUGCCUCUGAAUGCUCUGUGUAUGCUGGACUGAUUCACAUAAUGUAAACCAAAAACACUAUUGUUCGCAGUUGAAGAUUAAACAAAAAGAUGCAUUUAGUAUGACUCAAUACAUAACACCUUUUUAACUGUACAGUUUUAUAAACAGUAAAAUGACUGUUGGACCACAUGGAAUAUCUGUACAUUUCUGCUAAUUCUCAGAACAUUUUUAUUUUUUCUUAGCCAGUCAGAAAUGUAAUAAUGGACAGUUAGUAAUGUACAGUAUGGGUGCAGCCAAUAGAAAUUGGAAUAUGCACGUGUGCUUUAUGAUUAGUUUGCAUGUAUAGGAACCAUGAAACUUUCGCCUCAAUCAUCAAGUUUUUUUCACUGGGCUGUCUGUUCAGGUUGAUAACAAGCCUACGUAAUUUGCAUAAAAACAGAAGCUAGUGAAAACUAACAUGCCAAGUUCGUAACAUGGAAGUGGUGUUCAUGAAGUUGAAGUUCCUUUUUUUUCUGUAUACAGUGGACUAAAAUAAUUUGAAAAACCCUUUCAGCUCUGAUAAUUGUUACAGUAGUAUUAGUUACUAUAACCCCCACCCCCACUCUGCAAAUCUAUAUAGUAAAAUGAUUAAACUAUAUUAUAUUUUACAGAUACUUAAUGUAGAUUCUUUAUUUAAUAUUGCCUUACACAAAUACAAAUGCUUGCUUAAGAGCUCAACAGUUCUAGGUUGCCAGAAAGCCUCUCGCUAGAGUAAUGAUUCAUAGGAGAUUACAGGCGUAUUUCCAUGGUUUAGCUGACUAAUAAUAAAAUGUAGACCUCUGACAAGCCGUUAAUAUGAUAUAUAAUACCUGUUGCAUAUGAAAUAAGGUACACUGGUGUAUUUGGGAAUUAUUUUAGGGUUAUGUGGGAUCAUGACGGACAUGAUUUGGAUCAAGAAAGAUUCUUUUGGUAAUUUACAGUUAUGGAUUGAUUAAUAUCUUUGUCUGCUUAUGCUUUUAAAUGGUUAUUUUUGAUGUAGUCCAAAUCCUUUUACUGAUGUUCAAAUAUAUAUAUAAAGACAGUACAUUUUUUGGUCUUGUAUUUUUGAAUAAACCCUGUUCAUUCUGUUUAAAGCUGUUUUUGUGUUUCAUUAUUUGAUUUAUGUACUGCUUUAUAGGGAUUGGUGUACUUUUUUCAAAAGAUUUUGGUGAUCAGGGGAAACAGUCUGUCAUCAUUAAGAAAACACAAGCUAUUUAAUUAAUACCUUGGCUCUGAGUCAGUAAACUAAGCAUUUCACUGUUAGCCAGUGAGCUUGUGCAUUAUUUCCCAGCAUACCCCCUAAAUGAUGACUGGAGCUC